UUUGUAGGCAUUUGAUACCACGAUGAACAACGAACAAAGUCCAGCGACUUCCCUCAUUGACAGAACCAUCAAGAUGAGAAGGGAGACAGAAGCCCGGAAAGUGGUCUUCGCCUGGGGGCUCCUUAAUGUAUCAGUUGCUGGCAUGAUUUAUACUGAAAUGACUGGAAAACUGAUAAGCUCAUAUUAUAACAUUACAUACUGGCCACUGUGGUAUAUUGAACUUGCACUUGCAUCUCUGUUCAGCUUGAAUGCCCUGUUCGAUUUCUGGAGGUAUUUCAAAUACACUGUGGCACCAACCAACUUGGUUAUGAGUCCUGGGCAACAAACCCUUCUUGGGCUUCAGAAUGCAUCAGUACAAACAACUCCUCCACGAGAGCUGGUAGCAAAGAAAAUCCCUCCUUCUACACCUUCUCCUCCAAUCCAGGGUCAGAGUGUGCUGAGUUACAGCCCAUCCCGUUCACCCAGUGCCAGCCCAAAAUUCACUGGUUGCAUCACUGGGUAUAGUCCUCAGCUACAUUCUCUGGCGGGCAGUAGCGGUUCCUACAGCGCUGUUGUGACCUACUCGCCAGGUAGCAACUAUAGUAAGGCAUCUGGCUUCAGUCCCUCUCCUACUGGGUCGCCGUACCCCACCAGCAUUGGACCAGUAGAAAGCAGUGGGCUGAGGUCUCGGUACCGUUCUUCACCAACACUAUACAACUCCCCUACUGGCAAAGAAGACUACAUGACAGAAUUAAAAUCAUUAGACAGCUUCCUUCGAAGUGAAGAGGAGAAACAGCAUCGAGUUCAGCUGGGGAGUUCAGAUUCCAGCUCUCCUUCAAGCAGUCCGACAUUCUGGAACUACAGCCGUUCCAUGGGAGAUUAUGCACAGAUUCUGAGGAAGUUCCAGUACCAGCUGGCCUGCAGGUCUCAAGCUCCAUCAGCACACAAAGAUGAAGCUGACAUGAGUUCUAAACAGGCUGCAGAAGAGGUUUGGGCAAGGGUAAUGAUGAAUCGACAACUGCUUGAUCACAUGGACUCCUGGACGGCUAAAUUCAGAAAUUGGAUUAAUGAGACUAUCUUAGUGCCACUUGUACAAGAGAUUGAUUCUGUGAGCACUCAGCUGAGAAGAAUGGGAUGUCCAGAGUUGCAGAUUGGAGAAGCCAGCAUUAGCAGUCUGAAACAAGCAGCUCUCGUUAAAGCUCCACUUAUCCCCACACUGAACGCUAUAGUGCCGUACCUGGACCUUACUCCAAACCAGGAGUAUUUGGUAGAAAGGAUCAAAGAGCUUUCUCAAGGAGGCUGCAUGAGUUCGUUUUGUUGGAAUAGAGGUGGGGACUUCAAAGGCCGUAAAUGGGAUACAGAUUUGCCCACUGACUCUGCUAUCAUUAUGCACGUAUUCUGCACUUACCUUGACUCCAGGCUGCCACCUCAUCCUAAGUAUCCUGAUGGCAAAACGUUUACCUCUCAACACUUCGUUCAAACACCAGAUAAGCCAGACAUUUCCAAUGAGAAUGUGUUUUGCAUCUACCAAAGCAGCAUCAACCCUCCCCACUAUGAGCUUAUCUACCAGCGCCAUGUCUACAACCUGCCCAAGGGCAGAAACAAUAUGUUCCAUACCUUGCUAAUGUUCCUGUACAUCAUAAAGACAAAAGAAUCUGGAAUGCUUGGGCGAGUAAACCUUGGCUUAUCAGGAGUGAAUGUUUUGUGGAUUUUUGGAGAAUAAUACCUCUGUUUGCUGUAGCUGGCCUCCAGCUUAAAUGUAAGAAACACCUCUGCCUCUGCGAAGAUAACUGAGCAGCUUAAAUACACUCGUUGCCUUGAACAUAGACUUGCUGUGGGACAAAAUUCUUACUUAUCUCUGCUUUGUGGACAGAGGAGAUGUUUACAUUUCAUAUUUUGUUCUUGUGAGAAUAUACUUUUUUUUUUUUUAAUAAUUUGAGCAUGGAAGUGCUCCGAGUCGCUGUGAUUCCACAUCCGAUGCCUCUCUACCAGUUCCUGCCUUGAAGAAACACACUUGACAAGCCUCAACCGUUCUUUUAACUGAGGUGCUUUUCAGAGCUCAUUGCUGUGGCUACUUCAGUUAGAUACAGCCCCCCACACCAGCAAUUACACCUGGUGAAGGCAGGAUCCUGCAGUGCGCCUGGGACUGCCCAGCUACGGGUGUACAUUGCUGUUGAUUUCUACUGCGGUGCAAAUGCAAGAUCCACGAGCUCCAGCGGAGGCCGCUUGGUAACCAGAUUUCUCUCGUGCUCAAGAUGUUCAGAGAAUCUGUUUGUUAAUUAACAUCUUUAUCGUAUCUUAUCAGAGAGGUUCAUGGCCACCCUCGCAGGUGCCCCCGUACGCAGGAUUUUUCUAAGACCGCCACGUUUCUAAGGUGACUGUCCUGGAGAGAGAAAUGAAAGGAAGCCUCACACCUAACUCACUAGUCAGGCUUCACUGGUUUGGAUGGCUCUCAAAAGAACUGAGGUGCCUUUUAAACUUGACUUUUUUUUUUGAGUGCAGUGACACAUGACUUGAGCGCAGAUGCUGUGGUAUCCCAGCUUCGGUUACUUUUUUAAAACUUUUUUUUUAUUUUAUUUUUUUAUUUUAUUUUAUUUUUUUUUUAAUUUAAAGCUCUCACACUGGUGUUUCGGCUACUAAUCCUUGAUUUUUUUUCAGGGAUAUUUCUCUGAGAUGUAAAAACCGGUCCGGAAUGGAAAGGGGUCUCUUACGUGCUUCAGGGCACUUUAGGAUGCUUACAUGAGGAUAUUCCUAGGAGUGCAGGUGUACAUUCUGGUCCCAGUUGAUCUUCAUUGCUGGGAAUUUCUCUUUAACCGAGAGAACUAGGCACAGCUUGGCUGGGAAAUGGUCACAAAGCCUCCUGCUGUUCCCUCCUCUGGCGCUGAGAGUGAUCACCUACAAGCAAGAAUCAAACUGGCGACUCGAUCUCCUGUCUUGCUUUUGGGUGCCACAUCACCUGGUUGGAUCAUCAAAUCAGCACCCAUGUCAUGUGCAAGAUCUGCUCCCUUUACUAGAAGCUUAUAUGAUGAUGGAUGGGGAUAUCCUGGCUUUGGACAUAACCCAAUGUGGUGUUCGACAGUUAUCUAAGCAGUUGUGCGUAACGCAAGCUAAUUGCUUGUUAAAAAACCAGUUUGGAAAAAAACAAACAGGUGCUUAAAUGUGUGUCAAGGUGUGUUCCUAAAGCCAUUGAAAUUCCUGGUGAAACAGGAAGUUUUAAAAAUGUGUAGUUUUUAACUUUUUAUAUUAGGGAGGAUGUAUUUCAGAAACCCUCUGGGAGGGGUCUUCAUUCACUCCUCUGAAGUGUGAGUUUAUAACAGGUGUGCCCACUUAGUUUUACCCAUCAGCUCACGCUGGCCAGGAAAUCCGGGCAUUUUAAUGUCACUCCAAAGUGUAAAAACACUGAAAUCCUGCCAAAAAUAUUCAUCAAGGGUUCAUUAAAUGUGCUGCCUGGAUAAACAUGUGCAGAGCAUACAAAACCUGAAUGAGCUGUACUGUGACUUCAUGUUCCUUGUACCAUGUUUCCAUUUUUGUAUGAACUGGAUUGCCUGCGUACACAAGCAGUUAGAAAGAACAGCGUUGGCAUUUUCCCUGUGCUCAGUCUUGUUACCAUUCAUUUAUUGUUUUGGGCAGACACCUGGCGUUUUUUAGCAUCAGCUGGAUCCCUGUUUGUUGUGGGGCCUACAAGUUGUUGCACACAAUACUUUUGCCAAAAAGUUGGGAUCGUUACUUGGAGAUCGGACUGUUAAGAAAAUGUUUGACUCAGUGCCUAUAUUAAACAGGGCUGCCUUGUUUAAACACUUGUGUGGUUUUUGCGCAGUAACAACAUCUGUUGUCCAUGUUGAUGAGUUGUGGACUUAUUCCCCCCGUCAUGCCGUUUACUGUCAGAUUUGCAUGAGAGUUGAUCUGCAGUAACAAACCAUUGACCUUCAGUGCGAUGGGCUGCAUGGCUCCAGUACCGGAGUUUGGGUAGCACAUUUUAGUUAGGGCCGAUAACAGAACUGAUGAAAUUUGGGGCCUAUGUAUUGGAACCCUUUUGCAAAGGUUUUGUACGAAGCGAAGGGGGUAUAUUGUAGUGAGUUGAACCAGUAAAGUGACUUCAUGUAGCCCACUUUGCUUCCUGGUUUAACUUAAUAAAAUAAAGGCCUCAUGCGGUAACAUGUAUCUGAGGGUAGAGAGUAGUUUUAACAUUCACCUUCCAUCCUGGAGGAUGGCACAGCCAGCAGCAUUCGGUGGCUGCAGUUUUAAAUCAUCUAGUGUAAAAACAUUUGGUGGGUUCCUUUGAACCUGGGGAUUAUGUCUUCUCCUCCUACGGCCACUCAAUAGUUUUGUACAAGUGCUAUGCUGCUGGAAGCAGAACUCAGUCAUUCAGGUUUUAAACCCAAAUAAAACGACUUCACCCAAACAAGUUCUUUAUACAGGUAUAUCAGGGCUGACACCUUGUCCCUGAGAUGUCUUCUUGAAGGCAAGAAAACAAACUAGUGUGAAAAAAUACAGAAAAUAAAGGACGUUUGUGAUCCAAGGUGUAAGGGAAGAUGCCCCGGUUUUUAUAGCACUUGCCACUGGUCCCCUGGAAGUGCCUGCUACCUGCAGAACAGUGACUGCUCUAACACUAGAACUUGGUUUUGUCAGUAAAGGUUUCCUGCUGCAAGGUGUGGCACUGAACAUAAAGAGCUUAAACUACUGUAGUGACUUGCAGCCGCAAACUUGAUUUGAAGGCAAGAGGGUGUGGCCAUCCUCCGAGUCCGUCUCUCCCCCCCAUGUUAAAUGGGGGGAAAAAACCCUUGCCUUGGACCUGAGUAAAUACAAUAUGAACAGGACAUCGUCUUAGUUACACACAUGGUUCCCCUCCAGUUCCUAGUGAAUGGGUGUCCAGCCCCGAAGUAAAUGCAUCUUGGCUCUUUGGCGGUAACCUCAGGAAAAGGCGGCCAACACAAGAAUGGCUUUGGGACAAAUUUACGUCCUUUGCGUGGUCUCCUUCACCUCGCGUCUCAAGAUCUUUGCCCAUGAUGCAGCUGUAGCCACCUGCUAUCUAACACAGGCUCGGGUUGUAUUAAACACUUGAGCUGUAUUGAACACUGCAUGUAUUAAACGCUGCUCGUCUUCCUAGGCUGAGCUGCCUGGAGGGCUGGCUCUGUCUCGUACGUUUGAAAAACACCUUGCCUUGGAAAGCCAAACAACCAGACGUCCCCAUGACCUAAGAUGGAGCGGGGUUCUGCGCUGUUUAGUGCCUUUGCUGUGAAUAAAGCCUCCAACUCCAGUAGGAGAAACACAUCUCACGUGCAUGCUGACUGCUUCAUUCAAAAUGUAUCUCGCUGCGUCCUGACAGCCUGUCCCAACGGUUGGCCCGCGCUUAAAAUACUUUGUUCACCUCUUACUGAGCCAUGUUCAAAACCUUUGCUCCCGUCUUCCCUUCGCAUUGGGAAGAGACAGUAUUCCUGUCAUCCGCUCGCGCAAAGCUAAAGAAGGGAAACAGUGGGUGCAUCUACACGUUCAGUAAUGCGCAGUGGCUGUUAUGCAUUCAAUGUACUUGCAAAAAGAAGUAAAUGCGCAGUAGGCUGCCCUACUGCGCAUUAGUGCGGUCAUGUUUUGUUCAUAAUGGUCAAUGCGCAGUAGACUAAUGCGCAUUAGUGUAAUAGUUUUUGCUGUGCUGUGCAGCCAACCAGUCUAUGUGCAUUAAGUGUCUCAGUUUCUAGGGUCAGAAGGGACCUGAACAGAACUUUAAGUCUGACCCCCUGCCCUGGACAGGAACGAGUGCUGGGAUCAUAAUACCCCAGCCAGAUAUCUACCCAACCUCCUCUCGAAGACCCCCCAGGUCAUGUAGAGUGACCCCUACACUCACCUACAGUGUUUUGUCUUUGUCCAGGAUUUAAUCCCUUUGAAAGGAAAACAUCUGCUAAUAAUACACCUGUUUUUUUCACAUGUUUCCUUCUAAGAAAGUCUAUCUAGAUGGUCUUAUUCACCAGCCAAUUUCUGGUACCACUAUUGGACUUACUAGACAGUACUCAGUGGGCACGUCUACACGAGACACUAAAUGCGCAGUAGACUCAUUCUAGUGCGCAUUAGUGCAUCUAAUGCGGCAAAAGCUGUGCUAUUGCGCUAAUGUGCAGUAGAAUGAGUCUAGUGCGCACUAGCAUCACUACAAAGGUGUGCACCAGUGCUACUGCGCAGUAGUUCGGUAGAGUUAGUCCCUGUUUUAUCCCAGAGCUAGUACCUGUGUAUGGAGUUAGUACCUGUUAUCACAGGUACUAAACAUGCCAUAAUUAUGGCACAUUAAUGCACAUGUAGACAUGCCCAGUGUCCCAUGCUUAUACUACCUGUAAAUGUUUUCCCCCAAAUCAUUCAUUUUUUUCCUGACUCAGGAGUGGCGUCCACACGCAGUCUGGAUUGCACGUGGAAAGCCAUUCUGUUUUUUCGAGAGGGCUGUAGCAUACGUUGGAAUAGAAAAAUUGAAUCUGUCCCUGUAAAUGUGAGGACAAUCGACCCUGGUUGGAGCCAUGAAAUACUCUUAGUAAUAUGCAGCCGCCGUAUAGAGCUAUACAUGCCUCUCCACGGAUUGCAUGGACCAAACGUAUCCCUUGCUUUGAGUCACGCUACUGAUGAGCUUGCCCCCGUCUGCUCCAUCAGAGCUGUGACCAGAGGAAGGAGUGACGGCAACAGGGAUCCCUGGCUGCCUGCAGCCCCCUCUGUAGUGCUGCUAAGCCGUGGUACAGCGUUGCAGCCAGCCCCAAAAGAGCUGCCAUAUCCCAGCCGGUCUAUAGUCUGACACCGCUCAGCAUCCAUAGCUCACGUGUUGGAAGCAGCAGGCCCCGUUGGCCCUGUGAAAUUCCAGGUGGCAGAAGAGUAAAAAAUCACAACCUUCUCAAUGGCCACAGAUUUGCUACGGUACAGGCUCCACCUGCUGAAACCCAGAGGCAAGAUGAUGUCGCCACCACUGCAUCGACCUCUCUGCUCUCGCGUUGUCCCUUUCUUCUCGUCUGGCCACAUUGGGAACGAUCCCUCUUUGCUCAGCGCAUCGCGUAGGGCUCUGGUUGGACGGUAGCAGCGUGAUUAUUAACAAUCAAGUCUCACGUUUCAAUAAGAUGAAGGAGUUGAGACCUGAAUCCUCGCUCUGCUUCUCUCCUUCUUCCUCCGCAUGGCAAACCUUGCAUUUAUUUUCUUUCUCUCCCCACAUUUUGCACCAGGAUUUGGAACUAGGUAAAAUCUGAGUUGGCUCAUACCCCACCCGACAUGCGCUGUUGGCAACCCGGGUGAAGGAGGCGUUUAAAAUCCAGGGUACACGUCUGCUUCGUUCCCUCUCGUAGUUCAGCACGCUCAAGUCUCAUCCCAAGGACCAGAGACAGGAAGGAGGGGUAUCGUUUGAUCCUCUGCCACCGAUCCCCAUUGCAAAGAAGGAGGAAACGGAUAUUUUUAUGAUCACAAAACAGCGGAGAGAGACACUGGGGCAUGAAUCCUGCAUGUCUAUUCAUAGGUUAAAAGGGCUGGAGGAUUUUAUGGCUCAAUGGGUGCGCCUACAGGAGAUGUUUAACGUGCAGUAAUAACACUAUGCAGUAGUGUGCUGGGCAAAAACUGCUAAUGCACUACUGCACAAUAGUAUUAGGUUACUGCACAGUAAGUGUCACUAAAAACCGUGCACCAGUGCUACUGCGCAGUAACCGGACUUGCUGUGUAUUCAGUUAGUAGUUCAUUACACAAGCACUAAAUUAAAUGCACAGUAACGACAGCGCAUUAAUGAACGCGUAGACGUGCCCACUGCGCAUUCAGGAACGUCAGGUGCUCGCUACGGUCAGACGUGAGCGUGUUAGGAGUUCGGGCCAAUGCUGCACCAGACCUAAAUGCAUCCCCACCCUGCCUGGGAGAAGCACGCAAGGUUAGCACGAUUUAACAUGUUAUCCAUGAAUAUUGUUAAAGAGUCAGACCUGGGAGCCUGGUUUUCAUGGCCUCUCCUACAGCAGACGCAGGUGACCCAAGCCCAGGGUAGCAAGGGGCUGCUGGGCUGGUGGGGGCUGCCCCUUCCUUUCCUGCUUGUCCUCAGCUCCAGCUGUUUCCCCCAUGGACUCCCAGCCCUGGCAGCUCCAGCAUUUAGAAACGUCCAACUCCCAGCCCGAGCUCGUUCAUCACCAGUCACGUCCUUUCGCUCGGGCCAGAGACCUGGCAGGGGGUGGGGGUGCUCAUUGCCCCCCUCCCCUGCUGCUGCCUCCCCCAGCCCGGUGUCUGCAUCACGCAUCCGGUGGGCUCGCGUGGAGACACCCCCCUUGCAGCGGGGACGUGCGCCCUGGCUCUUCCCCGGCGCUGC